AUAAAUAAACAACGUAGAAGCACAAACGUUGAAAUAUCAAACCAUCUCAAAAGUUUAAUUUAUAAAUUAAACACGUGAAGCGCCAUUGUACAUAACGAUAAAUCCGGGAAAAACAACAACGUGUGAGAAAAAUAUGGAACUGAUCCUAUCCGUUAACCUCACAUAAGUGAAAAAUUGAGAGAAAUUUAAAAUAUUAUUGUAAAUUAUAUUAUUUAUUCUUGUUUGUUGUGCAAAUAAUAUUCUAAAAUGGCAGUUAUCAAGCUUCUUGAUUCAGUUGAGCGGCUAAAUGACAUAUCCGAUGAUGCUAAUAAAUUGAAUGAAGAAUGUGAUAUUAUUGCUAAAGAUAUUGCAUCAAAAAAGAUAAAAUUAUUUCAAAUUAUUGAAAAACUAGAAAAUCUUCUUACUAAUCAAGAUAUAAACUUAAGACAAAAUGGGUUAAAUGUGCUGUCAUCAAUUCUGGCUAAAAUUGACAAAACAUUUCUAAAUGAGCAAGAAACUAAAGUACUAACAUCAUUUUAUUCUAUUCGUCUUAAGGAUCAUCAUUCAUUGAUUCCUAAUGUUAUUCUCGGAUAUUUAUCAAUUAUACAAAUGACAGCAUUAUCGAUGGAAUCAGUAAUUCAAAUAUUUCAUAGUCUUUUUAAUGAAGUUCGAUGUCAGUCAGAAUUACAAGAGAUCAGACAUAAUAUCUAUCUUAUUAUAAAAAUAGGACUGACGAACCAUUCAAGUAGUUUAAAAUUAAUGGGUCCUGAUUUUGUUUAUGGUGUUAUAUCUUCUAUGGAUGGCGAAAGUGAUCCACGAAAUUUAAUGUUGUUAUUUGAGUUCUUACCUCAGUUUAUAAGUGAAUUUUCUUUGGGUCAUUUAACUGAAGAAAUGUUUCAAGUUUUAGCGUGUUAUUUUCCUGUGGAUUUUAAUUCUGCGGGUUUAGAAAAUAAAGAAAUAACUCGUGAAAGAUUAGCCCAGGGAUUAGAAAAAUGUUUAAUAUCUGCAGCUGCAUUUGGAGAAUUUUGUUUACCAUUGAUUGUUGAAAAAUUAGAUUCUGAGAUAAAAAAGGCAAAACUUGAUUCUCUUAAUUUAUUAAUACGAGGUUCACUCGUUUAUGGUGCUAAAAUUCUUCAACAACAUAUGGAUGAGAUAUGGCCAUUGCUAAGACGUGAUUUAUUAACUGGAAAUGAUCAAGAAAUCAAAAGUAAAGCUCAUGAAGCCGUUGAUCAAAUUAUUUUAACGAUCGGCGAUGAUAUAACUAUUUUAGAAGAAUACAUAAAACGAAUUUUUAUUGACCUGAAAUCUAGUUUAACUGAUGUACAAUUGAGUUUAUACUGGCCAUCAAUUAAAGUAUUAGAAACUAUGGCAAAAGCUCACAAAAAUGCAUGUGCCCAUGUACUGAAAAUUACAAUACCAUUAUGCUUAGGACAAUACACCACUUCUAUAUCAGAUUCUGUGAAAAUCCACAUAAUUACGAGUUUUAACAAUUUUCUCGAUGUUGCUCUUAGUUUUGAAUUACAAAUACAAGAUAUUCCAGAAUUAUCUUGGACAGAUUUACCAAGUCUAUAUUUGAAUGAAUUGAAUACCAGUAAUCCUAUCUUGAAAUCUAAAAUAAUUGAGGGUUUGUCUAUACAGAAGCUAUCAUUAACCCCAUCUCAACGAGAAUUAAUUUACAAUAAAUUAUCUGAAAUAAUUGAUAGUGACACGGAUGAUAUUGUAAUAAAUUCUUGUUAUAAAUUCCUGAUUGCUACUGCUAAAGAUUAUACGGACGAAAUACUUCAGUUAAUAGAUCAUAAAUUAAAAAUUGAUACCACUGAUGAAAAGAAAAUCCAAAAAAAUCGACUAAAAACAUUAGCAGCUAUUUCAAAACUAAGUAAUAUUGGACCAAAAAUUUUAAUGAUAUUUAAUGAAAUUGUUACUUCAGAUGAUGCAGAAAUGCGAUUAUUUUCAUUGAAUUGUAUACAAACAAUGUUACAAAGUGAAAAUUUUGAAUAUGACGUUCAUGAAUAUUUAUUCAAAAACUGUCGAAUUUUAUCUCGAAUUUUAGACCAUGAAAGAAUUAAUAUUAACAAACAUGCUGAGGAAAUUUCGGUUAUUUCACAAAUUUUAAAAUUAAUUUUAAGAAAAUUGAAUGCAGAAGAACAAAAAAUGGUUGUCGACGAUCACUUGAAAAAUUUUCAAGACAAAAUGGAAGAAAAUAUACAACUAAUAGAAGGAUUAAUUACACCAUUGAUGUCUUGUAAUAUUUAUCAUUAUUUUGAUUUUCUAAUAGAACGACUAUUAUAUAUUACCAUAAAUGGUACACAUGAAAAUAAUCGAUUAAUAUCCUGUAAAUUGAGUGCUUCAUUAAUUAAUAAAAUGACUAAUGAUCAAUUAGAAAGAGUAUUAAAUAUUAUUCGAGAAAUGGUUGUUGAUAUUUUAGAAAAUAGUGAUGACGAUAUGGAGAAGAAAAAAGCUGCUGUUAUGCUUAAUAUAUGGUGUACUAAAGCUUUAAUUACAAAAGGUCAUAUAAAAUCACAAGAGUUUUUGGAUUAUCAAUUGAAUAUUUUAAAGAAUGAAAUCAUUGGAGAAUUUGCUGGAACACAAAUUAAGACAUUUGUUGAUGAUAGUGAUAGUACAUUAAUUGCUGAAAAUUAUUGUAUUAUAAAAAUGUUUUACAAACAAAGAAUAUUUCAAAAUAUCAUUAAUCAAAAUGAAUUAUUUAAUAAUAUUGCACGACAAAAUUAUUUAACCGCUUUUGUGUAUUUAGCUGAAGCAAUGUCACAAGAAAUACUCUUGAUGCAUUUAUUCAAGAUUGUUCCUCUACUUAUUGAGUCACUUUCUCUCGAUAAUCGACAGUUAAUAUUGUCAACAUUGAAAAUUCUUCAAUUAUUAUUAAAAACAAAGCACACGAUUUUUAUCGAUCUAAUUCAAAAUUUCAUACCCACAUGUCUGAAAUUGACAACUCAUUCCAAUAUGAAUGUUAGAAUUGCAGCACACGAUUGUCUUUAUAGCUAUUGUGAAUAUCCUACAGUAUUUAUAAAGCCAUAUAAGGAUGAUAUUUUGGAAAAACUAUCUGAGACAAUUGACGAUAAAAAAAGAUUAGUCCGCAAGUCGGCGGUAAUGACAAGAACUCGAUGGUUUCUCGUCGGUUCUCCAGGCGAACCCGAAUAAUAUUUAUUUUUUUAUUUUACACAUAUCUUCUAUGUACAUAGAAAACAAUUAUUAUACAUCAUCUGUACUUUUUUUUCGUACAGCUCAACUUUAUACAAUCGAUGUAAUGAUAUAAUAAUUUUAUAAUUUAAUAAAGAUAUUGAUUCG